AUGUGUGUCUGCCCAUACACUAAUCGCUUCAACGCAAUUCUCAACGACUACUUCAAUGGUUUCCAACGUCGUGCUUUGGCCAACACAACCAACUUCAACUUUGCCAACGAAUUCGGAGACAUUGAAAACAACGAGAACCAAUUUGCUGUUGAUUUGGAUGUUCGCCAUUUCAAACCAGAAGAAUUGAAUGUGAAUUUGAAUGGACAAGUUUUGACUGUUGAAGAAAAUCACGAAGUGAGAGUUUUGAUCGAUACGAAGAUCCAAAAGAAGUUUCGAUUUUUCGGAUAUUGA